AGUCUGUUAACUGUCUAGAAAUCUUGUUUGCAGUGUUUUGUUACGAAUUACAUACAAAAACAAUACUUAUUUUGUUAUGUCGAGCUUAGUAAACACUUCCUGGCUAGCAAUUCAUAUAGGCUAGAUAGUUGACUCAUACUGUUACCUUUUUAAGUUUUGAUGAAAAGUAGGUUGGUUUGUAGCUUGUGAAAUGACAGUUAUCUCUUGGAAUGCUACAGCAUGCUAAUGGCUGAGUAUUUCCUUUUGCCUAUCCCAGAUUUUGAGUUCAUUUACAUUCUAACUGCUUAAUUAAGUGAUAUAGUUGUAAGUAGAUAACUUAAGGCAGAUUGAAGCUACAUAGGCUGUACAGAAUCAGAAUCAUAGAAUUGCUCAGGUUGGAAAAAGACCUUAAUGAUCAUCAAGUCCAACUGCAACCCAACCAUACUACCCCAACUCUAACAGCCUUUCGCUAAAUCAUAUUCCUGAGCACCACAUCCAAACCAUUUUUAAACACAUUCAGGGAUGGUGACUCAACCACCUCCUUGGGGGGCCUAUUCCAGUGCUGAACAUCCCCUUUCAGUAAAGAACUAUUUAUGCUGUGUUUGUGAAAGGUUCUGUUAGACAUUCUGAAGACUCCUAUUGCCUGUCUCCAGCCAUAAAGAAGGAAUGUACAGGUGCUAAUCUGCUUAUUUAAGCUCUUCUCCAUAGUCAGUAGUGAUCUGUUUCAUGUUAUGCUUCUCCCUGAAAGAUGGGGAAAAUUGCUGUAUGAAUGUGCUCCCUCUGCCUACACCAGCAGCCCCAGUGAUUAGAGCAUAGUGUACAACUCGUUUUACUUUAUGCAUCCAAUAUGUGCUGCAGUGCAAACAGCAUGCUUUACUGGAAGUGCUUAUUGUUUGCUUCUUGUCUUGGGAGCUUUCCUAACACAGCAUCAUUCUUCCCAGUCAAGUUAACUUUAGCAGUACACUUGGCCCUAGGAGGGCAUUUUGUUGUACAUGCUGAUUUAAACUUGCCAGAUUUUUCCAAAUAUAAAGGAUUUACAGAUUCUAAAAUAGAGAUACAUAUUCCUGUAAAAUACAUUCCUGUAUUUGCUGAAGGCAGAUAAGGUACUCAUCCUUUCCUUGUUCCUAUCUCCUCACCUUGUACCACUGGCUCCUAUGAAUGCAAAGCUGAGUCGUGAAGCACAGCACAAAUACAAGACAAAUACAGUGUGGCAACCAAUGUAAUUAAUGGCAGUGAAGACUCCUUUCAACUCACCUAUCUGGCAUAACUGCUUCAGUGACUAGAAUUAGCAAUAUAAUACACAAUUCAUUAGAAAGCUGAAGACAUAAACGUUUGCAAUCACAGUCAAGACUUUAGCAAGCUUUCUUAGUGUUCAUCUCUAGGGAGAUCUGCUUUACUGAGAAGCAGUCACACUGAUGUGCCAGGGGUCUUUUCUAAUUAUUUCAAUUAUAACUUCUGCUUUGUGCUUUUCAGCAUCAUCAGGUUUGUGGUUUGUUUUUUUUUUUUUUUUUGCAACAAAGAUUUAUCAAAUGUCAUAAAGCUAAUUAUGCAGAGAAGAAGAAAAACAGGAAUGUCAACGGCUGACAGAAACUACUGAGAUCUGCAGUAUUUCUGGCCACUGGAGUCAUGCACAGACAUGAUUAAGCAUGUAGAUUAAGCUGUGUUUUGUCCACACCCAGCUCAUACACAACGCAGCUUUGGAGAGCUACAGAAGUGCAAGAUUUCUGAGUAAGUCCCUUCGAAAGUACUUGCGAUGUUCCUUGCUAAGGCUUUGCUGAGCGGAGCAAGUGGUAGCGGUCAAGGAGAGAGCCUUGUACGAGGCCUAGGAGGUCUCCUAACAGGAGGUAGACAUGGAGGAAACCUUGGAGGACUUGUUGGAGGUCUUGUGAAUCUGAUAAGUGAAGCAGCAGCUCAGUAUAAUCCGGAGCCACCACCACCUCCUCGCAACCAUUUUACGAACGUGGAAGCUUAUGAGAGUGAGGAAAUCAGACAGUUCCGCCGCCUUUUUGUCCAGCUGGCUGGAGAUGAUAUGGAAGUGUCUGCUACAGAGCUAAGAAAUAUCCUGAACAAAGUGCUUUCCCGACAUCAAGACUUGAAGACAGAUGGCUUCAGCUUAGACACGUGCCGCAGCAUGGUAGCUGUCAUGGAUACCGACACAAAUGGCAAACUGGGCUUUGAAGAGUUUAAGUAUCUGUGGAACAACAUCAAGAAAUGGCAGUGUGCGUACAAGCGCUGCGAUACCAAUCAGUCAGGCAUUCUUGAGAGAGCUCAGCUGCCGGCAGCCUUGCAGGCUGCAGGGUUCCAGCUGAACGAACAGCUCUGCCAGGUGAUCGUGCGCAGGUAUGCCAGCGAGGAUGGCAGCAUGGAUUUUAACAGUUUCAUUAGCUGCUUGGUGCGACUGGACAGCAUGUUCCGGGCCUUCAAGUCGCUGGACCGCAAUGGAAAUGGGCAGAUCAAAAUGACCAUUGAAGACUGGCUGCAGCUGACCAUGUACUCGUGAAAGCAAAGCAAAAGGGAAUAAGCUUCAUUUGAAAGAUACAGAUGGAAGAGUACAAGGCUGUUGUAUUAUAGAACUGUAGCCGUUUCUUUAUUCUAAGGCAGAUAUAGCUAAAGAUAUUUUGCUUAGCUCUGAUUCCUCUCAUGUAUGCAUUAGUCUGCUUUUCUGAAGUUGUGUAAGUUGUCAGUUGUACAGAUGCAUAAGUCGGGCCAAGAAAAUUAUCUCUAGACCCUGAAAUGAGGGAAUAUGUUGAAGGAUCAAAGCUUAGUUACUUCUUCAUGAAAUGUGGGCUUAUAAAGUAGUUUAAGUAUUAUAUAAAAAACUGUAAGUUUAGUAGUGUUUUGUGAUAUUACUGCGCCAUUUUGUCAGCGUUCGCUAAGCUGAAAUAAAGCUGUGCUUGCCUGAAGGCAGUCACUGGUAAA